UUCAUUUUCAAUAAUAAUCGCGCCUGUACAUUAUCGGGGAGAACUCAAAUCGACAGCGUGAGAUACACAGGAUGAUUAGCGCACUCACAAGUCGCUCAUUGAUACCUGAUUGAUUCAUUAUAUUUGAUGCAGAUCUCCGACGCAGAUUCAGGAGGCACCGCUUGUCGCUGACUUCUGACUGCCGUGAGGUCAGCGGAGCAGCACAGCACAUCCGUGGUGCACUGCCUGCUAUCGCUGUGUGUCUGUCGUCUGGUCAGGAAAGCCGUGCUCGCGCCGUUCUGUCGCCCAAGACGAUGAAACAAGAGACUCAUGAAGCGUGUGUUGGGCGUUAGGUGUCUUGUCCUGCUGCUCCAACUUGGACCUCACCCCGCGAUUUGUUCGCCUUCCCUCCCCUCGUUCGUCCACCCGGCGCGCGUGAACGCUCUGCGCAGCCGGACGGGACGACCCUUUGCCGCCGAUGGCUCUGAGCACAAGACGCGGCUUGAGGCGACUCGGGCGCAUCGGCUGGUUCGCUUCUUGCGGGGAAUCGAGCUGCCAGCAUUUGGCGACAGCCGCCGGCUGCGAGAGAUGAUGUAUGCCGCGAAUCACCGGCGGCCGCGCGACCACAUCGGUCAAACGAUACUGAAUGGGCUCCUCGACUCCAGGGGGACCUUCAUGGCGUGGCUGGGUAGCGCAUUGGAAGACGUUGGUACGUCAGAGAGGGGGUCGCCUGACCUGUGUGUGACGGGAUGUAUCUAUGUGUGCAGGCCUCACGAUGAGCGACGGACCCCCCGACCCUGUGCGCGAGAGCAUCAAGGCGCUCGCCGAGGUCUAUGCAUCUCGGCCCUUCCGUCACAUCGAGGUCUCGGCCAGGGCACUUGAGCGGAUCUGGCAGCAGUGCUGCAAAGAUGGAAGGUCCGAAGCAAGUGGGGACCGACGAACGUAUGCUCACCAUCUGUGUGUGUGUGUGUGUGUGUUGUUGGCAGGAACUUCGAACAGUUCUACCUCGACAUGUGGAGUGAGAUUGACAACGGAAAUGGUACGCACAGCGCCGACGAACGAACGAACGAACGAACGAACGCACUCGGACACAAGUACAUCCAUCCCCUGUGUGUUUGUGUGGGUGUGUGUUCAGAGGAGCCUGAGCGGUGUUUCGGCCCCCCCAUGUGGAUCGACCUCGAGGACGAGUCCAGCCUGGACGCCAUGCAUGAGAUGGCCAAAGAGCUGAACGUGGAGGCCAUCUCAAUAAACCGCUUGGGCAAGUGGAAAUUGGCGACCCCAGAGGAAGCAGCAGAGUAUGAUUUAAGAUUCCCCCCCUGCCAAUAACUGUCAUGGUUGGGUCUUGGCGGGGCGGAUUGGUGAGGGGCGGAUUGAAGCAUAGGUCUCCUUCCUGUGUGUGUAGAGAGAUUAGAUCGGUGACUUCUGGCUGGCACGAGACACAUACUCUGUGGGUGUGGGUGUAGUUGUGAUGGACCCUACGCCGGACCGAUGCAUUAUCUAUCGUUGGUUGAUUGCAGCUAGUCAUGAGAGCGCGUUGGAUCGAGACAUGACUGACUGACGUGCACCAACAAAUCACAAACCACAUAAAGCCCCAGCAAGCAUG